AUGUUUGUUAUUAAAAGAGGUAUCCACACGGUACCAAGGCUACCCAAUACUAAAGCACUACUACAAAAGGGAGUUCCCAAAGUACUCAGUUCUUCUGGUUUCAAGGUAGCAUGGAYCGACUACCAGCAGUACCUGUGUGAUAAGCUGACGCUAGCUACUGCAGGGCAGUCUCUCGAGUCAUAUCAUCCAUUCCAUAUACUGCUGAAAACUGCAGGGAACCCAUUACAAUCCAAUAUUUUCAAUUUAGCUUCAUCUGUUCAUAAUAAUCACUUGUUUAUGGAGAAUAUUCUUCCUUCUAUUACCGAAAGUGAUAGUGAUUCUCCAAUAGGGAAGACAGAACCAUCCAGGCUAUUUUUGUCCAGAAUCCAAGACUCGUUCAACGGCAGUGACUGGGACGUAGUGAAAGAAGAAAUGAUCCAUCGUUCAGAAAACGAAGUGUUGGGCCAGGGCUGGUUAUUUCUCGUAGAAAAUAGUGAAAAAAAACUCUUUAUAUUAACCUGUCAAAACAACGGUACGCCGUAUUAUUUCCCCAGAAACCAGACAUUCGAUUUAAACAGCGCAAUUUCUAUCGACGAGUUUGGUACCUUGAAGCAAAUGAAAGAAAUGAUUGAAAACUCAACCAAACUGAAUGGUAAAGUUCAGGACUGGACCAUGCCUCUAAUUUGCGUCAACCUAUGGGAUCAUGCCUAUUUGCAUGAUUACGGCGUUGGAAACAGAUCUGAGUACGUGAAGAAUGUUCUUGAUAACUUGAAUUGGUCAGUGGUCAAUAAUAGAUUAUUCUCUGAUAUGUCCAAAUAA